UGUUAAGGGGCACUCUCAUGGGCAUCUUUUAUGUUAAGGGAGCACUCUGAUGGGCACAUGUUAUGUUAAGGGGGCACAUACUGUGGAAAGGGGCAGUCUGAUGGGCACAUGUGAUGGAAAGAGGCACUCUGAUGGGGAAUAUUAUGUAAAGGGUACACUGAUGGGGAAAUAUGAUGGAAAGGGGUACUUUGAGUGGAUGGAAAUACCUGAUGGAUAUACCUGAUGUAAAGGGGCACUCUGAUGGGGACAACUGAUGUAAAGGAGUACUCUGAUGGCGACACCUAAUGUAAGGGGGCACGCUGA